CUCUUUUGUGAUGCUAAACUUUCGGAAGAGAGACAGAGACACACUGAGAAAGGGAGGAAGAGCGGAUUGAAUUUCUGUUUGGACAAAUUUGAUUUAACCUCUGCAGAUCUUGACGUGUGAUCCGUUCCUCCAUUCAGUGAUCCUUCAAACUUUUUCCCUUACUAUUUCAAAUUCUAUUUGCCAGGGAGUGACCUGGUGUUGUUUUACCGGACCUUUCGCCACACUUUUCGCUUCAGGAAUGCACUGUGCACUUUUCAACGCGGUGCUCGGAUACCUCCUCUUUUGCUUUUCCUCGACCAGGACCUGUAAAUAAUCGACGGUCAUGUACUUGUGAAGGACAACAGUAUUUUCCUCAGCCUGUUCCCCCCGCGGUCCGCCCGGUCGCAGCCGGACCGAUGACCGGUGAGCCCGGUAGGAGCGCUUCCUUUCCGCGCAUGGACAGUGGCCGGGCGGUGCUCCAGCAGGCAGCUGGCGGAGGAAGAAGAGGCGGGUGGGUGCUUGUGAAGGCCCAGCUGCAGGGUGGAGCACCGUGGGGCUUUACGCUUCAGGGUGGCCUGGAGCAUGGAGAGCCUCUCAUCAUCUCCAAGGUAGAAGAGGGCGGUAAGGUGGAUACUUUGGAGUGCCCACUGCAGGUAGGGGAUGAGAUCAUCAUCAUAAACGACAUCGACUUGACAGGUUAUCGUCAGGAAGCCAUCGCCCUUGUCAAAGGAUCGUUCAAGACUCUACAGAUCACCGUCCGCAGGGAGUUUGAUCCCGGGUACAUUGAGGAAUUUGGGUCAUCCCCUGCGUCAUAUCCUUCUUCCUUUCGUGCUUCUUCACCUCCUCUUUCUUCGACAACACCGCCACCGCCUCAACAACAGCAAAGAACAACCCACCUCAGCAGACCAUGUUCAACAGGGGGAGUCCAGCUACGCAUCAAGAACAGACGCAAUGAGACAGCAUCUCGUCCUCACUCGUGGCAUUCAACAAAACUGGGGGAUGGUCAGCAAGAGUCAGAGCAGGAAGGGAUGGACACCAUGAGCAGUGCCUGGCACCACAGUUACCACGCAAGUGCCUCCACCACAGACAUCUCGAGUGCGUUUGAGUCGGAUGGCGGCUACUUGAGGAAGAGUCCUGACCAGUACAGCUCAAGAGGCAGCAUGGAGAGCUUGGAUCCUCCUCAGUCAGCGCACCUCCAGCACCAACAUACACUGGGCCAUCACACCCACAGUGGGGCCCACCCUGCCUACUCCUCCUGCCAACAACUCUCUUCUGCCAGGUCCUCCAACAGCAUUGAUCACCUCCACAGCAAGCGAGACUCUGCAUAUUCCUCCUUCUCUACCAGUUCCAGUAUUCCAGAGUACCUUGCCUCUGCUCCGACAUUCAGUGCAGAGCGCUCCUAUUCACUGGAGACCGUACCCCAGAGAGGAGGAAAUAGCGAGAUGCAACAAGCUGACAUACGUUACAUCCGGACACUUUACAAUGCCCAGCAGGGUCUCUCUCAGGAGCAGGAACUGAGGUCUCCUUUAUCACUACAUAGCAGUGAUUCAAGAAGUGGGGAAGGAGCAAAGGGAGGGCACAGCAGAGAUUUACCAACAGGUGUGUGUUACCGUGGCAGCAGCAACAGUAGUGGUGCAAGUAGCAGUGGUGUGCUGGCUGCAAACAGGCACAGUGUGGGUCCAAUAUGGGCACCUGGAACCAGUCACAGUUCUUAUGAAAACCUGAAAGGGGCACCUGCUCCACCCCGGCGGAGCGACAGCUUUGCAGCCAUUAAGAACCAUGAGAGGCCCAACUCUUGGUCAAGCGUGGAGCAACCCCGGGUGGUUAAUAGGUCUCUGCAGAAGGGCUCUUAUCAUCACUCCAGUGGUUCAGUUGCCUCAAGUGCAGCGAAAGGCUCGUGCAUCACCGAGGGUCAACUCCACACAGUCAUAGAAAAGAGUCCAGAGAGCAGCCCCAUCACAAAACCUCGACAGGGUUUUCCCCCGCCAGGUUCACCUUCUGAACCUGCUACAAGCCUUACAAGCCCAGCUCCUCAAUCAGGACGCCUUAUUCUGCCCACAGGAGUAUACCUCGUACCCCAACCUGAACCCCAUUAUGCACAGAUGCCCAGCUCAAGUCCCAUGUUAUCCACCUCAGGAGUUUAUCCUGCUCUGGCCAAGGACAGCAACCGGCAGCAACAGAAAGUCAGAGGACAGGAGGAGGAGGCGACCGAGCAAUUGAGAGAUGGAAAACUGCCAUCUAUCGAAAAAGGUCACCAAAUGAACAAUUUGUCCCCAUAUCCCCACUCCACCAUUCCAACAGUUUCCACAAAGCAGAGCAGAGUACAUGAAUCAGAAAGGAAACAACUGGAGGAUAAUAAUUUUGGUCUCAAUAGAAACCUUCCGGCAGCAGAAAGAGCCGAGAACCAGGCAGAGGUCAACAUGAUUCACGACCAGCAAGGGCCCCAGGCUCCUAGCCCUCAUCACCAUAUGCAUUCUAACCAAGGACCCCACAACAACAUGUUGCAAGAACAAGAUGUCCUAAAUCCCCAAACUCAGUCAACUGUGGCUCUUGGACCCCAGACAUUCCAAGAGCGGAGGGACCCUUACACAACUGUGCAGUCUGGGAGCCACGUGAGAAGAUUGGUGGACCAAUCCAAUGUUCAUCCAGAGCCAAUGUUGUAUUCCAGAGUUGCACAGGGACAAGUACCCCCAUCCCAUCCAGCAGUUCAACCUCAGCACUCCUCCUCCACGUCCCCCACUCAGGCCUCCCUCGGUCACCACAGUGACUCAGCAGCUCUUCAUUACCAUCACUCGGACCAGAAAGAGCAGAACAGAGACAAAGAACACCCGCUGACUCGUCUCGAGAAUGCCCUCGUAGAGGUACAGCGUUCCACCAGCCCCAGCAGUGUUGUCUCUGCCAGUAGUCAUGACAACAAUACAUUGGGUGAGGGUAUCCAGGGACCCACCCGUAGUCUCUCUGUCCUAGAGAGGGUCAGUCGCUUUGAGCUUAGCGACAGAGCAGGAAAGCAACGUAGUCAAAGCAUCAGUCAUGGCCCCCACAAGAACUCUUUCCGCAGGAUGACUGACAAAUCCUAUGGUGGCCCCUGUGGAGCAGAGGAUCUCAGAAGCAUGCUUGAAAGAAGCACCAAAGCCCAUAGAACUAUGAGCUAUAGAGGAGGCAGCGUCAACUACAAGAAAGAAGGGACUGCACCUGAUCCCAGCUCAGCCCUGGAGAGGAGCCUAAGCAGUCUCCAUUUGGAUGGAUCCAGGGAAGAAAACGAAAACAAAAACUCUUGGAAACAAGAUGUCAACAACAUGUUGAGCACUUUGCAGGACACGUCCUUCCACAGAUCUUACAGGGACUCAUUGAAAGAAGUGCAAUCUAAGGUCCUGCACUCCACCUCCUUGAGACACAAUUCCUCCACUGUUCAUUCCUCACAUGCAGUUUCUUCUCCAAAUUCUUCCUCACACGGAAGCCAUCAGCCUCUACCUUUCGUGUGCGACCAUCCCCCCUCAGAGAAAAAAGGCCCUAAAACCAUGCCCAAACCCGUGGGCGUUUUUACCAAUGCCCCAGUCACAUCCGCUCACACUCCAAAGGAACGCCAUGUGGUUGGACCAGAGACCCAAGGCCCAAAUCCCCCGGCCUUGCCCCGCGUCGCGCCAGUUGGACCUCCUGCUUUAUUGCGAAUCGGUGGACGCAAACGUUUGAGCACAGACCAGAAAAAACACUCCUAUUCAGAGCCAGACAACAUGAACGAGAUUGGAAUUUCAGAUUCUGAGAAUGGUCUCUUCAAGCUUGGUGGAGAGACCAGUGUGGCUGACCGCCGGAAGAUGUUUGAACUUGGAUUUGCAAACAACACCAUAUCAAGGCCUGAUUUGCGGCAGCUUCAGCAAGAUGCUGUGGCUCAGUACGUGCAGAGGAAGAGAAGUGCAAAGAAAGAUGAGGGAAGAGAGAGGAGUGGACCGAGGCCCUUCAGCGCUUAUCUACAGUCUGACAAUACCUACCAUUCAGACACAAUCAGCCUCUCCUCUACCUCUAGCCUUCUCUCACUCCAAGACUCUGCCCUGGAUCGCUGCCUUUCUUCGAGUGAAAGGCGUCACUUCUCUUCUCCUGGAGCUGACCUGCGAAGCCUUCAGUCUAACUUGUACUACCCAGGCAGAGUUACCACUCCACGGGCGCCUUCAUACUCAUCCCCACGUGGUGACCCAGCACCUGAGUGUCACACAUCCAUCACCCACCUCCCACAAAAUUUCAUCCAAGAGGCAAGCUCCAACAAACAGAAUUCAAUUUGGUCAAAAGAAAUGCAACAGACGGCAAGGCCACGACAGAAGCGUUUAGGGUCCAAGCAGGCGACCGGGUCACCAGCAAUGGUCGGAUCCAUCUUGGGGUCUGGUAAAUCCGCCUCUGUUGAAGAUCUUUUGGAGCGGUCAGAGGAAAGGAUCCCAAACCACUCCCGCUCCCGCUCAUCCCCUACUCUAGAGAGACUCAAUCAGGAAUCUGCAUCAGAUCAAGUGAAGAUGUUUGAUGCCUUUGUGUCUGAGCCUGAACGCUGGACUAAAACUGAGGGCAGCAUUGGAGACAACAAGCCACUAGAGGGCCUCGCCUCACAUGCUGGGUCUUCUCUAGGUACAGCCUUCUCCCACUCCCCUGUCCCACUGAGGGACAGACAGCAACGUCAGAGGAACAGUGAGCGUCAGCGAGCCCAUAGCAUGUCCUCUCUAGCAGCCUCAGUUGGUCUGCCUUGUCCCCUCUCCUCCGUGUCUGGAUCUCAGGACGGAGCUGGCCCUGACUGGCAGUCUAGCAAGGGUCAAAGUCAAGCCAAUCUGGAUGACAUCACCUUCCCGGGAAACCCCCACAACAACAUUGCUGAAAGUUUUGGCGGCGCUGUCAGCCUCGACGGCCACCUUGACACCUUUGCGAUGGACAAACCGGCGAGGCACAGUUUGAGUGAUGCUAGCAUAUCACACGACACUAGUACGAAUGGCAUUCACGGAGAGCGAACAUUUAGUUUAGAGAGAAAUGGAGGGCAUUAUGAAGAAAACAUCAAACCGGUGUCUUCAGUGACCACAUCACCGCUGCUUCAAUUCCAAUUUGCUUCCACACCAGACAAGCACAGUGGGAAUGUCGAAUCACGUCCUUCCACACCCUCUCAUCAGUCCCUCCUUCAGAACCUUCCCUCACCGAUGAGCCUCAACAGCUCCACUGACCAAAAACAAAUAUCAGUAACAUCCACAGGACUAUUUAAUGAGGACAUGGAUGAGGUAUUCCUUCUAUAUCCUGCACCUCCAUCACCUUCUCGUUCAAUCAUCGAGACGAAUAUCAUGGGAGACUUCCCUUUGCCUCACACUCCUCCCCUUGAGUUGGACAAGAAAAACUCUUUGCAGAUUGCGGGAAGCCUUGUUGUGCCAUCCUCAAGGCCACGAUCGUCCACUCUCACAUCCACCUCUUCUAGCAACCUACAGCUUGAUGACACGCUUAACCUUGAGUACCAGCCACUGCUCAAGAGGGAAAAGACAGUGGAGGAGCUACAAGUGGAAACGCUGGCAAAGCAGCUGCUAGUGAAGGAUCGCUCUCUGACACAUAUCCUAGAAACAUGGGAGGGUAAAUCACCUGUAGACCUUGUGGAGGAGAUCUUUCAAAACAGCAGACUGGAUGGUAAAGUGCCUUGGCAAGCCAAGGGUAGCCCAUUAAAUGAUAGGAGUGAGAAUGUUCUCAAUGCAGCAGUCGAUGAAAGGACUGAGAUGGAGGAGAAGGACCUCAACAGCAGCAAGGUGGAGCUCUGCGAGGCUCUGAGGUGUAGUGUGGUGGCUAUGCGUCAAGAAAAGGAUGCUCUGUGCGAGGAGCAAAAGCGUCACCAGGCACUCGGGGCCAGCAUUGGCUCUCUGGUGCACAAACUAUGCAAGAUAAACGAGAGGGACAAGUACAACAUGUUCAUUGGUGAUCUUGAAAAAAUUGUGAACCUGCUAUUGUCACUGUGUAGCCGGCUAUGGAGAAUUGAUAAAUCUCUGUUUGUUUUGCAACAACAAGAGCUCACAAAGGAGGACAUUUCAGAGGAGCGGGACUCCCUCAACCACAAACGCUCUCAGCUCCUCAGUCAAACAGAGGAUGCCUGGGAACUGAAGCAAAACCUGGACCGGCGGCAGCGCGUUGUUCACGCCAUCUUGCGAGGCUACCUCACUGAUGCCCAGCUCCAAGACUACCUACACUUUGUUAGCACCAAACCCUCCCUACUGAUUCGCCAACGGAACCUCGAUGAUCUCAUACGUCAGCGAGAGGAGCAGCUGACGAGGCUGGCAGAGACCCUCCCGCCAGAGUUGGCGGCGGCUCGUGAUUGGUCAAGAGGAUCUUUCCGUGCGUCCUCGAACCCCGUUUCCUGCUCCUUUCCCUGCCCGCAGCCGAUUCCUGGCCACACCCACUCUGGCAGGUCCACCACCGUGACAUCGCUGUGAGGUGAUGAACCAGCAACAAGCAGCUGUGCAGAAACUACGUGAAAACUUACAAUUGGGGGAGUACGGAUGCAAGAGUGGGCCCAGUCCCACUGAAUCUAUGCACGCAGGAUGUCACACGUGAAGCUGCAAACACUCGUCAUGUGCCUCGUUUUAUUUGCGCCCGACUGAAACUUUUACAAGAGAAGUAAUAUCACAUCUGCCUUAAGUUUUAAAUUUACCCAACCGCUGCCACUCUUAGCUGUUGUUUUAAAGUUCACUAAGCGUUUAAGAAAGGUUAUUGUUGAAAACUUGCAAGAUCAUUCGGGUUUAAUGAAGGGUCGUUCUCUUCUAUUCCUUCCUCCAACUUUUUUAGAAAUACUUGACAAGUUUAUUUAAGGCAUUUGAAAGAUGUAGUCAUUUUUCGAGAUAGGACUAGGACUGCAACGCUUGACAUAUGAAAUGUUUAUCUGAAAAGUUCUUUCAUUUUCUUCCAAGAAUAUUCAGGAUAUAACAGAGAAGAAUGGACUGUUACAGGAAAUAACAGGAAUACAGUGAGAAAACAAUAAAAGGUCCUGUCCUGCAGCUUUGCCAUUUAGAAGGCACCAAUGGUGCUCUCAAUUUAGGCAAGUUCAAUUUUGCUCAAAUAGAAAAGUGUGUUUGCUGGUGGCCAAAGACAAAAUAAUAAUAACAAAUUGCCACUACAAUUGUUUUUUAUGUCAAAGGAGGAAGAGUCCAAAGAUUUGGAUGGGGUGCAAUGCUCAAUGUUGUUUUUGAUCAUUUAAAUUACAAAAUAAGACCGUUGGAACAUAAUUACGUAUAGAUUACGGCUGUAAAUUUGCCUAGUAAUGCAUCUUGAUUUUACAACGCCUUAAACUGGAUUUAUGAUUCCAAUAGGAAUCCAGAAAGGUGUCUCAUUAUAUAACAUGACUUUUUUUAAUGGCUGUCAAAAAAUGGAAGCUGCACAUGGAAAUUUUAGGCCAUUUAUGUAUGUGUUGGUUAUCCACUGGUGACAAUGCACAACACACAUUAUAACUACUUUUUAGAGAUCCAAUCAGACAACCGCACGACAUUGAAUGUCAAAUACAAAUUAAACAUGUUACAUUCUUUAUUGAGGCAGCAGUGCAGUUUUGUUUUGUUUUUUUAAAUACUUUUAACAACUUGAGUACACGUUAUUCAUCUUGAAGUGUCUAUCUAAAGACCAUUGUUUAUCCUCCACUGACAAAUUUGACGUGUUUUCUAGUUUGGAGAGCACAUUUAACAUACUGUCGUUUUUUCCUAAUUUCCAUAUAUCACGCAUAAAACCACAUUCACAAUCACAUUCACUUUUUGAUUUAUUCAUCAUAGGCACAACAGAUUAUCCCAUGUGUUUUGCUGGUUCACUUGCGGAGCUAUAAAAAAAAAAAGUCAGAUGAUUGGAAAAUGGCUCCUGAUGUUUUUCUAUCCUGUUUUUGUUAAAUAAAUAUAUUUUAUAAAUGUCA